AUGGUGCUGAACCCGACUUAUUUGGCACAGCGGACGCGCUCAUCCGUCAAUUGGGGAGAUGCAAAAAAGAGAGUAUUGAAGUCAUAUCGGGAAUGGCUUAGGGCGUCGCCUGAGAUCCAAACAAUGUACUCGCUCAACAUUCCCGUCUCCGCUAUCCGUACAAAGAUCCGACAGGAGUUUGAACGCCAUCGAUACGUUAACCAGUUAGCCGCUGUCGAUGUGCUUCUAUUCCAGAGCCAUGCUGAAUAUCAGGAAACUCUGAAUUACUGGAAGCAGCUCUCUCAUGUGAUGAAAUACUUCCGUGUUGAGGAGGAUCCAACGGCAAAGCUCCCCAAAAACUUCAUGCAGGGCUUUCUAGAAGUACGUAAACUUAUCCCCUCAUGGAAUCGCACUCUUAUUUUACUCUCAUUGCUUGUAUCAUGUUUGGCUAAGAUCAGACGAUCAAUUACAGGGUCGGAAUUGAAGUACUCUUCUGCGUUCUGCCUCUUACUUCUAUCUCCUUUGGGGUUUCUCUUCGCGUACCAUAGAAUGUACAUAUGUUCAAUCACGCAAUGCACUUGA